AUGGCUAAGAAUAGUACAUCACCACAAGAAACACAGGAUGCAAGUAUGCUUACUGGAUUCCAGAAUCUUACAGAAGACUACAACAAGUAUCUACGACCAAAGUUUAAUGGAUUACCUGUUGAGGUUGCAGUAACUCUUGAAGUGGCAAGCAUUAAUUCUGUUUCAGAGGAAAACAUGGAUUACACAGCAACAAUAUUUUUACUGCAGAGGUGGACUGACGAACGUUUAAUGUUCGAAGGCAAUAAAAGCAUUACACUGGAUGCUCGACUAGUACAACUACUUUGGGUUCCUGAUACAUAUAUUGUGGACUCAAAGAAGUCUUUCUUACAUGAUGUGACUGUGCAGAAUCGUCUUGUUAGGCUUUUCUCCAAUGGCACAGUGCUGUACGCUAUCAGAAUAACAACCACCGUGGCAUGCAAUAUGGAUUUGGCAAAAUAUCCUAUGGACAAACAAACAUGCACACUACAAAUAGAGAGCUUGGGAUACAGCAACAAAGAUCUUAUAUAUACCUGGAUGAGAGGAAAUGAUUCUGUUCGUGGAAUGAAUACGUUAAAGCUUGCCCAGUACACAGUUCAAAAUUAUUACACUAAAGUGUCUAUGGGACAUGAUGAAACAGGCCAAUAUACCAGGCUUGCGUUGUAUUUUGUACUUCAAAGAAAUAUGAUCUACUUUAUUUUGGAGACAUAUGUUCCUUCAACAUUGCUGGUUAUUCUAUCAUGGAUAUCUUUCUGGAUUUCUAUGUCUUCGGUUCCAGCAAGAACAUGCUUUGGAGUAACUACUGUAUUAGCCAUGACUACCAUUCUAAUGGGUUCAAGAUCAACUUUACCAACUGCCAACUGCUUCAUAAAAGCAAUUGAUGUUUACCUCGGAAUCUGUUUUACUUUUGUGUUUGGUGCCCUGUUAGAAUAUGCUGUAGCUCAUUAUUGUUCUGAAGAGGGAAAAACUUCAAUCAAAGAUUCAAGACAGCAUCCUGAGGAAAAACCUGAUGACAACAUUGAAAUUGUUAUCAAAAGUACUUCUAAGGAACUGAGUUUAACUGAAAACCAAGAAAAUACUCUAAUGCAAAAAAACUCAGAAUCAAGCUACAUUUCACUGACGUUUUGGAUGAAAAUCAAAGAGAAAAAAGAUUUCUUCAAAGAUUUUUUUACAGUGAAAAAUCCAGAGAAUAUCGAUCGUUAUUCCAGAGUGGUUUUCCCGCUUGUUUUUCUGAUAAUAAAUGUGUUCUACUGGGCAUAUUAUCUUCACAUGUCAUGA